CCCGUCCUUUCGUUUCUCUUAGACCGUCUCUCGCUUUCUUUUACCAUCUCUUUCCUCUCUUGAACAGUAGAACCGAUCUACCGCCAUGGAUUUUGAGGACUUGCUCCUCUAUCUUCCUGAGACUCCACCAUUCUGAGGUGACCCUUGGGACGAUAAGAGAGUCCGCAAGGAGUCAAGGAGGAUGAAGGCAUGUCCGCACUGAUAUGGCUGAAGAAGAGCACGAAAGAACUGUUGGCAAUGAAAUAGGAAGACUUGUACAGCUACAGAUUGAAGAUAGGCUAUAAUUGCACUAACAAUAAUAAGGAGUAAUGAAUAAGGGAGGGCUUGGAAGCAGUGGAGGAGGAGGCGGACCCACUGCCGCCGCCGCUGCAGCGGCUGCUCAGAAGCAGAAGAAUCUGUUGCAGAGAGUCGAUAACGACAUCGGAAGCAUAGUUGACAAUUUCAGCUUCAUUGUGAAUGUUGCCCGGGUAAAUGAUCCACCAGUUAGGAAUUCCCAAGAAGCUUUCAUGAUGGAGGUUCGAGCAUCCAGAAUGGUUCAGGCAGCUGACUCGUUGCUAAAGUUGGUUUCGGAGUUGAAACAAACGGCCAUCUUUUCUGGAUUUGCUUCCUUAAACGACCAUGUGGAGCAAAGAACUGAAGAAUUCAACCAACUUGCCGAGAAGACGGACCGGGUAUUAGCCGGGAUUGGAGAGGAGGCUGCUGCUACCCUUAAAGAACUCGAAUCCCAUUAUUACUCUUCUGCCCUGAGAAGUAAUUGUAUGCUUCCCUGUGAUGAUAACCAUGAAUCAAAUGGUUGAACAUCCAAGCAUGAUUGCUUACUUUACAAGCUUUAUUUUUCAUGGAAAUAAUUAAUUUUGGUUAUUUUAUAUAGAAACCUAAUCUCCUCGUUGAACGGCCAAUUGGCUUCAGGAUUGUAACGGCCAGUCUUGGUUGACCGGAUGAACCCAUCAAGACUUAAAUACUCCCUCCGUCCUAAAAAAUUCUUCCAACUUUGAGUUGGAUUGCAUAUUAAGAAAAAGAUGGUUGUAGAAA